GGCUUUGACAGUAGUAAACACUAAACAGUGCAUUGUGCUUUAAAGAGUUUUUUGUUUAAUCUGUAUUAUUCAGCAUGUCUAUAAAUUUUCCUCCUUGUCCAAAUACAUUAAAAUCAAUUCAGCAAUAUUUAAAAAUUGCUUCGGAACAUGAUACGAGAGACGUAGUUGUAAGUUAUUGGUGUCGCCUGUAUGGGCUGCAAAUCGGUAUGAAAUUGACAGCCAAUAAAUCUCAAGAAGAAACUGCUUUAUUAUUGGCAUUAAUGGAUUGGUUAGAAACCUGCAAAAAGCAAAACGCUGACAAUGAAGCAGUUACUAACGAAGUGGCUGCACAAGCUCAUUUAGAAAACUAUGCUUUAAAGUUAUUUUUAUAUGCCGAUAAACAAGAUAGAGCUGCAAAUUUUGGGAAGAAUGUUGUCAAAGCAUUUUAUACAGCUGGUGUAAUAUUUGAUGUUCUGAGUGUUUUUGGUGAACUAACAGAAGAAGUAUUACAAAAUCGAAAAUAUGCUAAGUGGAAAGCAGCAUAUAUACAUACAUGUUUGAAAAAUGGUGAAACACCUGUACCAGGCCCUGUAUCUUCUGAUUCUGAUGGCAUUGAUCAAGAGUCUGCGGAGCCAGGCCCAUCUACUUUACCUAUUGCAGGUUCCACAACACCACCAGUUUCUAAUACUACACCACAGGAGGAAAACAUUGGAGGUUUUAAAGCGUUUGAGGAACCAGUUCAACAGCAGGAUACUAAUAAUCGAGAAACUGCAAGUCUUACACCUGAUCAAAUAACCAAAGCACAAAAAUAUUGUAAAUGGGCCAGCUCAGCUUUAAGCUAUGAUGAUAUUAAAACAGCAGUUGUAAAUUUACAAAAGGCACUUACAUUGCUUCAAACUGGAAGUGAUUGCGAUUAAAUAAAAUUUUCACCGAAUUAAAAAGAAAAUAUUGUUAUAAAAAAUAAUAUAUAUUUUACGUUAUAUAUAAAAUAAAUGCAUAAACAUUUAAUUAUAGUUAAUAUGUGACACAUGUAUGCCAGUAUUUGCAAGCAACUGUUUUAUUUUUAACAAUACUAACAUGCUUGCUUAAAUAAAAAAAUUCAAAUAGAA